AUGAUUUUAAUUAUUAGUAUUUCAUUAUUAAUUCUUCUUGUUCUAUGGAUUCUAUCUCAAACUAAUUUAUGUGAUUGGUUAUGUUCAAUAAUUGUGAGUGGUGCAAAACGAUAUCGUUGUCGACAACGUCCUAAACGUAUUAUUUUAAUUCGACAUGGUGAAAGUCAAGCUAAUCAAGAUUCAAGAAUUUAUUCAACAAUACCUGAUCAUGCUAUUGGUCUAACUGAAAAAGGACAAGAACAAGCACGUCAUUGUGGAAAUGAACUAAAAAAACUUAUUGGAAUAAAUGAAACACUAAUUUGUUAUUUUAGUC